AGGCCAUUCGAGACGUCUUGCGGCUCCUGGCAGAGCGAGGUGUUCGAACUCUGGAGAGAAGGAGCGGUUGCGUGAAGUGGGACGAGGAGAUGGAACUGCCCUCCAAGAGACGAAGAUUUUGGACGAGGCUAACUGUGAAGUAUUGCAUUGAUGGGAUUUGCUACCCCAUUUUGCUGGCCUCCUCCAGAAGCAUCGUGAUGGACGCCCAGGAGAAUUCCUGGGAGUCAAUGUGCCGAUGGGGCCGAGAGGAGGGCCUUUGGUCUCUUUUUGCUGGACUUACAGCAUCUUUGUUAUCAACUGCCAUUGAAGAGGCCAUGGAGAUGAUCUUGGCCUAUUGCAUUGAAAGACAGGCCAAAGGCAACCUUGACAUCUCCGACAAGUUAGUUCUAAAGGCUUGCGGAAGCUCGGUCGUGUCUGUGUUCACGUCACCGGUGAACUACGUGGGGAUUAUCCAAAGGUGCCAAUCCCGCUUGCCUGGUCUUCCAGAGCCUCGCAGUGUGGCAUCGAUCCUCUACGGAUUGCCAUGGCGAGGAUCCUUCAAUCAGCUGCUGCUCUUUGGGGGUAUCCUGACGCUCAACGUGAGGCUCAUUCAGUGGAAGUUGCAGCAGGAGAGAGAUGAAGAGGAAUAGGUCGGCCAAAAAGUUGUCUCAAGGAUGCAACAAUACAAGUCUCACGAUUUUGCGGAAAUGACGUUUAUGUUCAAUCAUUGGUCCAUAGCCAUUUGGCUCAAUUUUGAUCCACGAGCACCUCAAAAGGAUGGGCUGCGAAAUGCAAGUUUUGUGUCGAGUUGAUUUUUAUUCAGUAGCAAGAAGCUACUAGGAGCAAAGGGCAUCGCUACUAGGAGCAAGAACGCUACUGGGGGCUCCUGGCAUCGCUACUAGGAGCAAGGACGCUACUAGGAUUUGACGGCGAUCGGACGCUACGAACGGGGCACAGGUUUUGCGUGGAAGAAACCGUUGCAGGGUCCUGGUUGUUGUGGUUGGGUCAGCAGACUUUGCAGGUAGAUUCCUUUGCUACUAAUGUUAAUUCUUGCUCCUAGUAGUAAGGCCCUUGCUCCUAGUAGCGUUCUUGUUCCUAGUAGCGGUUGGGCCAGCCGCCAGGGAAUGACCUCGUGACAUAAACGAUGCCGUCAGGAUGAUCCGUGCCCUUGUUGCUUCUGCACUACUUGGCAGCUCUGCUGCCCUGGAGCUCACA